AUGUCUAACCCUGUUAUGUUUAGAAACCUUCCUAAGUCAAGGAUCGCCAAACAGGCGGCUCGUUUGAACCAGAUAGCUGGUACAUCCGAGAAUGCAUAUAAACUAGGACCUAAAUAUUCGAAAAUGGAAAUCUUCUUAAUAAAUCAAACGCCACAGAGGGCUUCUGUCGGGUUGAAACAAUUCUGGAGACAACACUUACCCACUCUUAAGUUCCAUAAUGACGAUUUUGAAUUUAUAAUGAAGAGAAUAAAAGUGGAGGACACUAAAGAAGCUGAACAAUGUCCAGUUAAGAUCGAUUUGUACGAAGCACAAAACCAAAAUAAAUUAACCAUAGACUGUAGUUUUAAAUCUGAGUCAGAAAUCUUAGAAGAAAUCAUCAAGAGUACAGAAGCAGCCCCUGUUGAUUCUAAGGAUAUUCCAAAGCUCGAACUUAAGAAGAAAUCAGUUGAAGAGUGGGCAUAG